AUGGUAGCUUCUAGUGUUGUUCUCGUGAGUGGGGAGGGUGAAAGAUUCACCGUGGACAAAAAGAUCGCAGAGAGGUCUCUGUUAUUGAAGAACUAUUUGAACGAUAUGCAUGACAGCAACUUACAGAACAACUCCGAUUCAGACUCGGAUUCGGACUCCGAGGCCAACCACAAGAGCAAAGAUAAUAGCAACAAUAACAACAACAACGACGAUGACGAUGACGACGAAGACGAGAUCGUGAUGCCCGUGCCCAAUGUCCGGUCUUCUGUUUUGCAGAAGGUCAUCGAGUGGGCAGAACACCACAGGGACUCCAAUUUCCCCGACGAAGACGACGAUGAUUCCAGAAAGAGCGCCCCCGUGGACUCAUGGGAUAGGGAGUUUUUGAAAGUGGACCAAGAGAUGCUUUAUGAAAUCAUCCUGGCGGCAAACUACCUUAACAUCAAGCCGUUGCUGGACGCGGGCUGCAAAGUUGUUGCCGAAAUGAUCAGAGGCAGGUCCCCCGAGGAAAUAAGAAGGACGUUUAAUAUCGUCAACGACUUCACCCCAGAGGAGGAAGCCGCCAUCAGACGUGAGAAUGAAUGGGCCGAAGACCGUUAG